CCUCUCCCCGUUAUAAUAUUUUCGUAAAGAUGGCGGAGGAACCCCAGCCUGCAAACUAAUGACUGUCAGAAACAUCGCUUCCAUUUGUAAUAUGGGCACCAAUGCCUCUGCUCUGGAGAAAGACAUUGGUCCGGAGCAGUUCCCAAUCAAUGAACACUAUUUUGGUUUGGUCAAUUUUGGGAACACUUGCUAUUGUAACUCCGUGCUGCAGGCAUUGUACUUCUGCCGCCCAUUUCGAGAGAAUGUCCUUGCAUACAAGGCACAGCAGAAGAAGAAGGAAAACCUGCUGACCUGUCUUGCCGAUCUCUUCCACAGCAUUGCCACCCAGAAGAAAAAAGUUGGUGUGAUUCCUCCAAAGAAAUUCAUUUCUAGGUUACGCAAAGAGAAUGAUUUGUUUGACAACUACAUGCAACAAGAUGCUCAUGAGUUUCUGAACUACCUGUUGAACACCAUCGCUGACAUCUUGCAGGAAGAGAAGAAGCAAGAGAAACAGAACGGAAAACUAAAAAACGGAAAUGCCAAUGAAGUGGAAGAAAACAACAAGCCCGAUCCCACCUGGGUGCACGAGAUCUUUCAAGGAACACUCACCAAUGAGACACGAUGUUUGAACUGCGAAACGGUUAGCAGCAAAGAUGAAGAUUUUCUGGAUCUUUCAGUCGAUGUGGAGCAGAACACGUCAAUUACACACUGCCUCAGAGACUUCAGCAACACUGAAACACUGUGCAGUGAACACAAAUAUUAUUGUGAAACUUGUUGCAGUAAACAGGAAGCCCAGAAAAGAAUGUGUGUGAAGAAGCUGCCCAUGAUCCUUGCAUUGCACUUGAAGAGGUUUAAGUACAUGGAACAGUUACAUCGAUACACAAAACUCUCUUAUCGAGUGGUAUUUCCACUGGAGUUAAGGCUGUUCAAUACAUCUGGAGAUGCUAUUAAUUUGGACCGGAUGUAUGAUCUGGUGGCUGUUGUUGUUCACUGUGGCAGUGGCCCCAACCGCGGACACUACAUAACUAUUGUGAAAAGUCAUGGCUUCUGGCUUUUGUUUGAUGAUGAUAUUGUUGAGAAAAUUGAUGCUCAGGCUAUUGAAGAAUUCUAUGGGCUGACUUCGGACAUUUCAAAAAACUCAGAGUCUGGAUAUAUUUUAUUCUAUCAAUCAAGAGAGUAAAUAAUGAAGUAUUGGCCUGAAUAAUCAGGUAGAUGAAUAGUUAACUAGUGAAAGAGCUGAGGACAUUGCCAACUGGCAAUUAGUAGGGCAACCAUUGUCCUUUCAGAACUCUUUCACAGGGUGUCAGAACAGGAUUUAUGACCAUGCUUUGGUCUUCUAUAGGCUGUGGACAAAUGUGUGAUCUUCCGACACUGAGUUCUGUAGGCCUCUGAAGUUUUGACUGGGAGCAUUCAGUUAAAAUACUAACAGAAGUAAUGCAAGUACGCAUGCAAGACUGAAUAAGUCCUUUCUUAAUAUGUGCCCGAUUAAAUAUGGCAGUAUCAUUGUUCACCUGAGGUGUUCUUUCCUAUCCUGAUCCCAACCUCUUGUGUGCUUCACUAUUAUUAGACCUGGGGUUUGGAGGAGGUGGGCAGGAGAGAAGAUAAAUCGCCUCCACACCAUAUAGAAGUGGAAGUUUGUCUGAUAGAAACUGACUGCUAAAUCACUGGGUUGCAGAACUGAAUUGAAUGAGUUCUGGUUGUCAGCAUUUUCAUCUCCCAAUGAAAAUGUACAUGCAAGGAUUGUUGCAUACUGCUUCACACUGUGACAGAAACCUGCCCAUUUAUUUAUUCAUCAUGUUAAAUAAUGUUCCUUUUUGGGGGACUAAUAUACAGCAGGAAUAUCUCUCAGAAGAUGGCAAUGUGAUUGGUUUAUUAACCUAUUUUUUUGUUCAGUCGCUAAAUAAUCGUCAGAUAUUUUUUAUGUCACUUCUGUGCAUAAUGAGAUCCAAGAUCAACAAAUGGGA